AUGGUAGAGAAGCAAGAGAAAGUAGAGAUCACAUACGAGUAUACGCGACGUAGGAAGGGAUUUGGAAGGCAAACUCUUUUCGGAGAUCAUGGUCCAAAUCUAUGUGUCAGUAUCCCAUCAAACCCAGCCAUGUACAAAAACUAUAUCCUACGGAAUCCAGUACAUUUUGGUAUCCAGAACACUGGGACUACGUCGGAACAUUGGGUAAACUCUGUAAGAGCUGAAUAUACCAGUUCUGGUAUGAAUCACAUAGAAGGUGGCUGGCCAAAGGAUAUUAAUACUAACGACCCCGAAGCUAUGCAACGAUAUCGACGUAAAAUCGAAAAGGAUGAUGCAUAUAUUCACGCCGUUAUGCAUCUAGGACAUAGCAUGGAGCACAACAUACUUCAAAACAACGCCGUGGACAUGUACGAGAUAUACUAUUCCGAACUCGGAACAAUUCCUCCCGUGGAGCGGAGCAGUUGUCACACAGUUAACGUGUACAGAGAGCCGGGAUCGAACCGGCGACCGGUGCGCUCACUGUCGUGGCAGGCGGACGGCGCGCGGCUAGCGUCCGCACACGCAGAUGUCAACUUCAUGAGGAAUACACGCAGCCCGCAGUGUUCGUACAUUUGGGAUAUAGAAAACGCAAACGCACCGGAGUUAAUAAUCUCACCUCCUCAGCCGCUAUUAGAUUUACAAUACAACCCUCGCGAUCAACAUAUUCUUGUUGGCGGAAUGAUGAACGGCCAAGUAGGUUGUUGGGACAUGCGGAGAGGCAGCGAGGCUGUGGCGCUGUGUCCCCCGCACAUAGCGCACAGAGAUCUGGCCAGCAACGUUCUGUUCAUUAAUUCCAAAUCUGGUGCUGAGUUCUUCUCAUCUUCCCCUGACGGCGUUGUUAAGUGGUGGGAUAUUAGAAAUAUAAGUGAACCAACCGAUUCAAUGAUAAUAGACCCCGUCAAAACUAAUAACGACACUCAGAGCGUCGAAAACGCAUUGGGUAUAUCAGCUCUGGAGUACGAACCAACUAUUCCCACGCGAUUCAUGGUAGGGACUGAAACCGGACUAGUGAUUGGAGGUAAUCGGAAAGGAAAAACACCUUUAGAAAAGCUACCUUCUAAGUACGAAGCUCACUUCGGGCCAGUUUAUGCAUUACAAAGAAAUCCGACGUUCCUGAAGAACUUCCUAACAGUCGGCGAUUGGACUGCUAGAGUGUGGAGCGAAGAUUGCCGCGAAUCGUCAAUACUUUGGACGUACGCACAUAGAACUAAACUUACCGAUGGAGCGUGGAAUCCAAUCAGAUUUUCGCUUCUACUAGUAACGCAGUGGGACGGCUGUCUGUCGUGUUGGGAUCUCCUGCGCAGACGGAGCGCGCCCAUCGUCACUGCGCAGCUGUGUGAUGAGCCGCUACUGCGGCUGCGGCCACACGAAGGAGGUCAAUUGGUGGCAUGCGGCAGUAGCCUGGGGACCAUAUAUUUGCCGGAAUUAUCACAAAAUCUUGGAACCGCUGAUAAGAACGAUAAACAACUUUUGACGCACAUACUCGAACGUGAGAACAAACGCGAACGCAUCCUCGAAGCCCGUAUGAGAGAAAUAAGACUGCGAAUGAGACAAGACAGGGACGGCGGGCAACAGCUCGCUGACAACGAGUCGUGCGUCAGCGACAAGGAUCUGGAGGAGGCUACCACUGAGUACUUGCAGACCGUUAGCGAACUGCACGCGUUGCAGCAGAAAAGUCAACAAACAUAG